UGAUUGCGUCAAGCAGGAAUAGGACUAGAACUGCUAGCAGGAUCAUGAAAUACAUCCCAGCUUGUCUUUGGAGCCCUUGCAGGAAUCUUGACUUGAAAAAGGCGUUCCAUCUCUUGGGGCUAGCCACUGGGAGGACCAGCAGGAGCACAAUAGCGAUUUCUACGUAGAGAAAGCCGGCGAUUAGCGUCCACUGCAGACUCAUUUCACUGAUAAAACUUUCGACGUUUGAGGUUAACUUUAUAGUUUUUGACAGUUGGGUGGUAACCGUCUGAUGUGGCUUUCCUGAAACUAAAAACAGACUGUGAUUUGUGAUUGGUGCAAAAGAUAGAAAAAAAUGGGACGGAGCAGGAAAAAAUCCAACAAGGUUACUACUGAAGCCUCAAAACCGCAAAACGAACCCGAAAAAGACGAAUUUGGGUUGAGGAACAGGAACACAAGGGAGUUUUCCAAUUCGAACCGACGCUCAAGUUUCAACUUCAAGAAAGAAGACGAACGGAAAAGUGAGCCGUUCAAGAGGAGUAAACACGAUUUUGAGGACCAAAACCGCAGGCAUACACAUAAUGCGACGUACGGAAGACGCUCAAACAGUUUUGGUAAUUCGGAGUUUGCGGAAUACAACCACGAGUUUCGCUCCCAUCGUGGCCCCAUCGAGAACCUAAAAACGAAAGAAAUCGUUUCAAAUUUAUUCGAAAUGCCUGACGACUACUCCCUUGCACAUUGCGUCGCCGAAGACAUGAACAUGGGGAGUGGAAUUGCGGUGCAAUUUCGACGCGACUUUAAACGAGUCGAUGAAUUAUUAAACCAGCACCAGGAACCAGGAGGCCUUGCAGUGCUGGAACACGACGGGAGGUACAUCUACUAUUUGGUUACAAAACGGCUCUCGAGUGGGAAACCCACCUAUGGUACUUUGUUCUCCUCGUUGCAAAAAUUGCGAACCCAUAUGGUACACAACAAUGUACGAAAAUUGGCAAUACCACGAAUUGGGUGCGGUUUGGAUCGCCUCCAAUGGGACAAUGUCAAAUUCAUGCUUGAGUUUAUUUUCAAAGAAAUUGAUGUGGAAAUUGUCGUGUGUAACCUUGAACCGAAGGAGGAUUCCCCCCAACAAAAACACAAGAAUUGCAAAGUGACCCAUGAGACUUACCCAAUCAAAGACAUCGAAUCCGGAACUGUCAUACUUUAUUUCUCCUCAGAGGACGAAUUUAUCACCGAUGAGAUGCGCUCCUUGGAUGAAAAAUUCAAUUUCUUGAAUGAAUUCAAAUUUGGGAGGAAAUCACUCGGAAGUGUGAUUUUCACCACCAAAACCACCGACUAUCUAUUGUGUGGUUGCAUUGUUCGCAGACGAAAAAACGACUCGUUCGAUUUUCAAGCCUUCCAAAAGUGUCUCCAAGCGAUUCAGAGAGAAAACCGCAAACACAAAUACUAUUAUUACGCUUUUCAAGCGUUCGAAGACAAGGAUUCAACCCUAAACCAAAAAAUCAUCAAUUUGAUGCGAAAUUCAUUACGUGAUAUUGAAGUUUAUGUUUGUUGGGUUGGCGACUUGCAAAAAGAAAUCCAAUUGAAUAGUAGUUUCAACUCGAGUUUUGGGAAAAACGACAGUGAUUGGCGGUCUCGGGACUCAAAUAUCGAAGAAAAUUCCAGUUUUGUUGAAGAAACAAAAGACGACGCGAAAAGUGUCGAUUACUGGGAUCAAGAUGUGAGUGAGGUCCCACCUAGACGAGAAUCCGAGGCAAUAGCCGAGCCAUUGCGUGUAACACAUGACACAAUACAACAGGAAGAACAAACCAAUCACGAAUAUGAUUCAUUCCGAAAAGCACUCGAGACUAAAUCGAUUCAGUUGUUAAUUCAGGACCAAAAUACGACUGUUUUACCAAAACGGGAAUUUUCACGCGUUUGUUUCGCCCGAGAGGACUUAAUUAUACACAGCGGAGUGGCAGGGCCAGGAAUCGGUCCACAUGUCGGGAAACUUCUCAACCAAAACGGAAAAGAAGGAGACUUGAUUUGGACCAAAGACGGCAAUAAUUAUCUCUACUGUCUUAUUGUAAAUUGGGACACUAAACCUCAAACGAUUUUUUCAACAAUUCAAAAAUUACAAAAUCAAGUGACACAACACAAAGUCAGCACUUUGGUUCUUCCAAAAUUGGAGUCAGAUGUCAAAUUUAUGUUUCAAUAUGUGUUUGGCCGACUUAAAAUAAUUAUCGCCCCCUUUGAGACGAGUUGCGAUUUUCCCACUUUGAAAAAAACAAACGGGAUUAGGAUACAACACGUGAGGUCACCCCUUCACCACAUGAAAAAGAAAAGUGUUAUUCUCUAUUUGGCAUCAGUCGAUGGGCAAUUUACCAAAGAAAUGGAUGGGUUAAAAGGCAAAUUCGAUUUUGUUGAGGGUUUUAAACAGAAAAAUAACACUCUUGGUAGUAUUGUCUAUUAUAAACAAAACGAGGACAAUAUUCUUUACGGUUGUAUUGUGAAAAAAUCGUUUAAGGAUUCGAUUGAUUUUGAGGCGUUUCAAAAGUGUUUAACACAAGUCAAUGAAAAUAAAAAAAAAGAUAAUAUGAAACUUGUUGGUAUUCAGGCAACAAGUGAUAACAGUAUCAAUUAUAAAAUAGUUACUUUGAUGUUACAUACGUUACAAAAUGUUACAAUUAAUAUUUGUUGGCCUGGAGCUUUGAAGGAGAUAAUGAUCCCCGAUUUGUAACAAUUUUUUAUCAUGUUUUGUGGUCAUUUUACAAUUGGACAUAUUUUUAGACCAUGAUGCACGCUUAUUUAUCAAUAAAUAUGUAUAUUAGGGUUUAA